UCUUCUUCGUAAUCGUCAACCAUUUGUUCUCUUCUCUUCGCUUAGAUUUUUCCUACCGCAGCGGCGGCGAUAUCUGCCCUGAAAACCCUAGCAUCAGCCGGUCUUCUUGGUUGAGAGGGAGAAGGGAUCGAUGGAUUCGGAUCAGGGAAAGCUUUUUAUCGGGGGAAUUUCGUGGGAAACAACGGAAGACAGGCUGACCGAUUACUUUAGUAAAUAUGGAGAUGUCCUGCAGACUGUGGUGAUGAGGGAUAAAAUCUCCGGUAAGCCAAGGGGUUUCGGAUUCGUCGUCUUCGCGGAUCCUUCGAUUGUCGACCGAGUCCUUCAAGAUGCUCACAACAUUGACGGCCGCACGGUGGAAGCUAAAAGGGCAAUGUCAAGAGAGGAGCAACAUACCGUUGUUAGAUCAGGAAACAACAAUACGGCUCGAAAUGUAGGUGGGGGCAGCGGCGGUGGCAAUAUUAGGACAAAAAAAAUAUUUGUAGGAGGGCUUCCCCCUACCCUCUCAGACUCGGAGUUCCGCGAAUACUUUGAAGCUUUUGGCAUUGUCACAGAUGUUGUUGUAAUGUAUGAUCAGAACACCCAGCGGCCAAGAGGUUUUGGUUUUGUAUCAUUUGAUUCAGAGGAUUCUGUCGAUCGUGUGGUGCAGAAGCAGUUUCAUGACUUAGGAGGGAAAGCAGUGGAGGUCAAACGCGCCCUUCCAAAAGACUCAAAUCCUAGCAGCGCUGGUAAUCGCUCCGGCGGCGGUGGAAGUUAUCAGUCCUAUGGUGGUUCAGGUGCAAACACAAGUUCUUAUGACAAUAGAGUGGAUGCUGGUACUGGUAGGUACAUGCAGUCAGCAGGAAGUGGUACUGGCUACAAUCCUUAUGGUUCAUCAGGCUAUGGUGGUCCUGCCUAUGGUUAUGGAGCAGCAACCAAUAGUGUUGGUUAUGGAGGUCAUGGAGGCUAUGGAAGUAAUGGAGCCUAUGGAAAUCCGAGUGGCCCUGGAGCUGGCUAUAUAAGUGGUUCUUCAGGUGCUCCAAAGAGUCCAUGGAAUAAUCAAGCUCCAAGUGGUUAUGGAUCUGCUGGUUAUGGUGCAAAUGUAGGAUAUGGAGGACCUGGCUCAGGACAGACUGGUCAGUCCCCUGGCUAUGGAAAUCAGGGAUAUGGGUAUGGUGGGUAUGGUGGAGGGAGUGAAGGAGCUUAUGGAAAUCAGGCUGGAUAUGGUGCCAGUGGAGGUCGCGGUGGCAGUGGCGGUGGUCUAGCAGGAAAUUCUAUUGGUAAUGGUGAACAGGGCGGAGGCGCUGGCUACAUGACCGGAGGCUAUAACGAUGGCAGCGGAAACGCCGGUUAUUCAAAUGCUUGGAGGGCUGAGCCUACUCAGGGAGGUGGCUAUGGAGCUGGUCAGGUUAGUGCUCCUGGUGGGACUAUUGGUUAUGGUGGCGGAUAUGGUGCCUCUCAAUCAAGGCAGACACAGCCACAGUGAUAUUGAUGUAACUCUUUCAUUUGAUGACUUUAUUAUCAAUGCGACUUAACUUUUGUCGGUUUGCAUCUUUCUGCCUACUGAAGAGAGAUUCUUAUUUAAGGUUUGGAAUUCUUCUAUUUUUAGUAGAUUACUAGUUACCUAUUUUUUUC